AGAGUCGGUUAAAAGGCGGCAGCAGCGGCGGGGUCUGGGUGGGGGUGAGGGACACACAGGGAGACACACACCGACACACAGACCGAGACGGAAUCAUGUCGCGGCCGCAGAGUGACAUGGAGCGGCGGAAGCAGAUCAGCGUGCGGGGCCUGGCCGGGGUGGAGAAUGUCGCCGAGCUGAAGAAGAACUUUAACCGGCACCUGCACUUCACGCUGGUGAAGGACCGCAAUGUGGCGACCAGCCGCGACUACUACCAGGCCCUGGCCCACACCGUCCGCGACCACCUGGUGGGCCGCUGGAUCCGCACACAGCAGUACUACUAUGAGAAAGACCCCAAGCGUAUUUAUUACCUGUCCCUGGAGUUUUAUAUGGGUCGGACGCUGCAGAACACAAUGGUGAACCUGGGACUCCAGAAUGCCUGUGAUGAAGCCAUCUAUCAGCUCGGUCUGGACAUGGAAGAAUUGGAAGAGAUCGAGGAAGACGCUGGACUUGGAAAUGGGGGUCUAGGCCGGCUAGCUGCCUGUUUCCUGGACUCCAUGGCGACGCUGGGUCUUGCUGCCUACGGUUACGGCAUCCGGUAUGAGUUUGGCAUCUUCAACCAGAAGAUUUCCAAUGGCUGGCAGGUGGAGGAGGCUGACGACUGGCUGAGGUACGGCAAUCCCUGGGAGAAGGCCCGGCCCGAGUACACCAUCCCCGUCAACUUCUACGGCCGAGUGGAGCACACCCCUGAGGGGGUCAAGUGGGUGGAUACCCAGGUUGUGCUGGCUUUACCUUACGACACCCCAGUGCCGGGCUACAAGAACAACACUGUCAACACCAUGCGGCUGUGGUCUGCCAAAGCGCCCAAUGAGUUUAAGCUGGAGGACUUCAACGUUGGUGGCUACAUCCAGGCAGUCCUCGACAGGAACCUGGCUGAGAACAUCUCCCGCGUCCUCUAUCCCAAUGACAAUUUCUUCGAGGGGAAGGAGCUGCGUCUGAAACAGGAGUACUUUGUGGUCGCUGCCACCCUGCAGGAUGUCAUCCGCCGCUUCAAGUCCUCCAAGUUCGGCAGCCGUGACGCUGUCCGAACCACCUUUGAAGCGUUCCCCGACAAGGUCGCCAUUCAGCUGAACGAUACCCAUCCUGCCCUGGCCAUCCCAGAACUCAUGAGGCUGCUGGUGGACAUUGAGCACCUGAGCUGGGAGAAGGCCUGGGAUGUCACGAUCCGUACCUGUGCCUACACUAACCACACGGUGCUGCCCGAAGCUCUGGAGCGCUGGCCCGUCCAGCUCUUCGAGUCACUGCUGCCGCGGCAUCUGGGUAUCAUCUACGAGAUCAACAGGAGGCACCUGGAGAACGUAGCUCAGAAGUUCCCGGGAGACAAUGACCGCCUGCGCCGCAUGUCGCUGAUUGAGGAGGGAACAACCAAGAGAAUCAACAUGGCUCACCUGUGCAUCGUCGGAGCUCAUGCUGUGAACGGAGUUGCCCGCAUUCACUCCGAGAUCCUGAAAAAGACCAUCUUCAAAGACUUUUAUGAGAUCGAGCCCGAGAAGUUUCAGAACAAGACGAAUGGGAUAACGCCACGCCGCUGGCUGGUGCUGUGCAACCCUGGCCUGGCUGACAUCAUCGCUGAGAAAAUCGGUGAAGAUUAUAUCUUCGACCUGGAUCAGCUGAAGAAGCUGCUGUCGUUUGUCAACGAUGAAGGGUUUAUUCGAGCUGUGGCUAAAGUGAAGCAGGAGAAUAAGCUGAAAUUCUCGGUGUACCUGGAGAAGACGUACAAGGUGAAGAUCAAUCCCAACUCCAUGUUUGACGUACAGGUCAAGCGUAUCCACGAGUACAAAAGGCAACUGCUGAACUGCCUCCACAUCAUCACCUUCUACAACCGCAUCAAGAGGGAGCCGAAUAAACAGUACACGCCUCGCACCAUCAUGAUUGGAGGGAAGGCGGCUCCAGGUUACCACAUGGCGAAGCUCAUCAUCAGACUCAUCACAGCCAUCGGCGAUAUUGUGAACAAUGAUCCGAUAGUGGGCGAUCGGCUCAAAGUCAUCUACCUGGAGAACUAUCGAGUGUCGCUUGCUGAGAAAGUGAUCCCAGCCUCCGACCUCUCGGAGCAGAUCUCCACCGCUGGCACUGAGGCGUCGGGAACUGGCAACAUGAAGUUCAUGCUGAACGGUGCCCUCACCAUUGGCACCAUGGACGGCGCCAACGUGGAGAUGGCUGAGGAGGCCGGCCAGGAGAACUUCUUCAUCUUUGGCAUGCUGGUGGAUGAGGUGGAUGCCAUGGACCGGAGGGGCUACAACGCUCGGUCCUACUAUGACCGUCUGCCGGAACUGAAGCUGGCCAUCGACCAGAUCAGCAGUGGGUUCUUCAGCCCCAAGGAACCUGACCUCUUCAAGGGCAUCGUUGACAUGUUAAUGCACCACGACAGAUUCAAGGUCUUUGCGGACUAUGAGGAUUAUAUCAAAUGCCAGGAGCGCGUCAGUGCCCUCUACAAGAAUUCCAGGGAAUGGACCAAGAUGGUCAUCAAAAACAUCGCCACCUCCGGAAAGUUCUCCAGCGACAGGACGAUCGCCGAGUACGCCCGGCAGAUCUGGGGCGUGGAGCCCAGCAAGCACAAGAUCCCGCCCCCCAACGAGCCCCGGGAGUAGCGAUCCGUCGGCACUCCCCUCUCGAUCUCCCUCUCACUGUCCCUGCACGCUGUCUCCUCCCUCGUGUUCCCUGACCCCGAACGCUCCCCUC